AUGCAACAACCGAAUCAAACAUCGAUUCCCUCUGGUUUGGUGGCUGCAAAUGGCAAUCCUGCUGUGAAUGGAAAUACAGAGCAAUACAAUCAGUAUCAACAUUAUCUACAAAUGCAGAUGUUACAGCAACAGCAACAGCAGAAACAGAUGCAGCAACAGCAAGCUAAUCAACUACAGCAACAACAACAACCUCAAUCCGCAGACAAUCAGAUGAAUGUUAAUGUUGCUCAACAACAAAAUAAUAAUAUACAGUUACUUCAGAUGUUGCAACAACAACAACAGCAACAGCAGCAAGCUAAUCAGCUACAACAACAACAGCAAGUUAAUCAACUACAACAGCAACAGCAACAGCAACAGCAACAGCAACAGCAACAGCAACAGCAACAGCAACAGCAACAGCAACAGCAACAGCAACAGCAACAGCAACAGCUACAACAGCAAGCUCAACAGCAGCAACAAGCUCAGCAGCAGCAACAGGCUCAACAACAAGCUCAGCAUCAGCAACAACAACAACAGAAUCCACAACAAAAUUACAUGAUGACUGGAAUUGAAUCACAAAUUACCAAUCAAUUCCAGCAGGCACAACAACAAGUUGCAUCUCAACAAACAACAACACAACAACAACAAACAAAUAAUCAACAGCAACAGCAGCAACAACAACAACAACAAGUGGCGGCACAACAACAGGCAGCGGCAGCUCAACAACAACAGCAGCAACAUCAUCUUAUGCUACAACAGCAAAAGCAGCAACAGCAACAAUUAAUUCAACAACAGAUGAUGAUGGGCAAGAUGAAUACAAAUUCACCUACAAACGUUGGUCUUCCACCACAACAACAGCAACCACUACCAAACCAACCCCCACAAGCCUCACAACAACAGACUUCGCCACAAACUCAAACCUCACAGACUCCACCUAUAUCAUCACCCAUUUUGACACAAAUGAUGAAGAAUCCACAACAAUACAACGCAUAUCUGGCUGCAGCUGCCAAUCAACAGCAAGCACAACAACAGCAAGCGCAACAACAACAACUAUCCGCACAACAACAGCCACAACAGGUACCACAACAACAGCAACAACCGACACCACAACAAAUUCAACAAAUGCAACAAGCUCAACAGCAACAACAACAAGCUCAACAACAACAAAAGGGUGCACCAAUCACAGUUUUACAAUUAACAAAAGAACAAAUAAUGGAUUUAUAUCAAAGUUUAGAUAAUCAUCAAAGAACAGUGGCGGAUAUCACCGAUAAAAAGUAUCAACAGUUAUUAUUUGUAUUAAAGGGUCAAAAGUCAGUACAUCAAUACACAUCUGAACAAAAUGAAAUUGUAAACAGAGUCUCCAAGCAACAUGCAAAUUUAGUUAAAGCCUAUCAGGCAAACGUAAAGUCACCAACUCUUGCCUCGCAACCAUCGAAUCAAAUGCCAUUGGCAUCAGCAGCAUCACCUCAAAUUCAACAAACACAUAUGCAAACACCUCCACAAUCACAAUUAGUUCAACAACAAGUACAACAACAACCACAACAAGUAGCACAACAACAGCCACAGCCAUAUCCACAACAACAACAAUCAACUAGCGGUACUUCCACAGCAUUGCCACAGACUUCCGGUGUAAAUAACAAUAUAUUCCAGCAACAAGUACAACAACAACAAAUUCCAACACAACAGCAACCUCAACAACCACAACAAUUAAUGAAUCCUCAACAACAGCUCUUGCAGCAGCAACGACAACAACAACAGCAGCAACAGCAACAGCAACAACAACAACAGAUGAGAGCAAAACAAGAUCCAUCUACAAUAUUAAUUACACCAGAGCAAAUGGAGUUGUUAAAACUACAGGUAAAGGCAUACAGAUGUAUAUCAACUUCGAUAGGUCAGUUUCAAAAGGGUAUGCCUCCUGAUCCGUUCCCGCAGGAUCUAGCAAAUUCUUUGAAUCUACCAAAAAAGACAAUUCCAUCUCAGACACCUCAGAGGACAAUGCAAUCUCCCAUUGUUAGCGCUCCCAUUCAAACGGCUGGUGCACCCAAUGCUAAUGUUACUCAGAUUGGCCAACAACUACAACAACAGCAACAACCCACUCAGGUAAUGAAACCACAGCAGCUAGCACCACAAGUUAUAGGUCAGCAGCAGCAACCACAGCAGCAGCAGCAACAACAAUUGCCUCAACAAGUUGUAGGUCAAUUAUCUGGUAUACCGACAACUGGAAUGGCUGGUGCUGCCACACCAACAAUGACCUCACCAAUUUCCACUGGCACGCAGAUCGUUGCCAACGGUACCAUUAACGCCAAUUCAGCAGGACCGGCGUCUAUACCAAUGAUCUAUUCACCACCACCUCCAUCUAUCAACUCCAUACCAAUCCCGGCUUUUUUACAGGUUAGCUUCAAUCCUCCACAAGUCCAGCAGGCAUCAACUGCUUCCUCUGCUGGCGCAGUGGUCCAAGUCACACAACCACCUCCACAAUAUGUACUGUCUUCCAUUGACACAUUGAAACCUCUACCACUAGAGUAUCAAUUUCUCAAAGAAAACGAAGAAGUCUACAUAAAGUCGAGAAUGACUCAAAGAAUUGAAGAGCUAAAAGAUCUGUUGCAACAGCCGAUGGUCGAUGACAACCAAAGAAUGCAACUGACCAUAGAGUUGAAGCAGCUCAAUAUGUUGGAUCUACAAAAGAAGAUGAGAAUGGAGUUGUUAGAGCUAUCGUUGGAGAAUAGUGUGUCCAGCUCCGGAGGUAGACUGGGUGCCGGUUCGUCGGCUCAUCCCAGUGGCAAGAUGAAGCGAUCUUCCACGUCGCGAUCCGAAGUCAUCAAGUCGAAGCAAGAAGAGUCGGACAAUCGUUUCAAAGAGUUUCUCGCAGGAAUUCUCCAGCAUGGCCGUGACUUUAAGGAGUUCCACGUCAACAAGAUGGUCAAGGUCAAGAAGAUAGCCAAGCGUGUCACAAACUACUUUGUCAUGGUUGAGAAGCGUGAGCAACAGCAGCGUGAGCGUGAAGAGCGUGAACGUCUGCGUGCUCUCAAGACCGACGAUGAAAGUAAAUAUCUCAAGCUGCUAGAGACCACAAAGAAUCAGCGUCUUCGUGAGUUGUUUGACCAGACCAAUGAGUUCUUGGACAAGAUCUCGCAUUUGAUUCAAAAGGAAAAGAUGAAUACCGAAGUCGAGCCAGACAGCACCGAGCCACUCUCGCCAAAGCCUGGCGCUGCGCCACCAACAACUACCACGCUAGUAAGUAAAGCACACUCUUACUACUCCAAAGCACAUUCCAUUCAAGAGGAGAUUCCAGAGCAGCCGACUCUUCUCGAGGGUGGACAGUUGAAGCCAUACCAGAUGCAAGGUCUCCAAUGGAUGGUGUCACUCUACAACAACAAGUUGAAUGGUAUCCUAGCCGACGAGAUGGGUCUUGGUAAGACUAUUCAAACCAUUGCACUGGUAACCUAUCUCAUUGAGAAGAAGCAAAACAAAGGACCAUAUCUAGUGAUUGUUCCACUGUCAACUCUUGCCAAUUGGGGACAGGAGUUUAGCAAGUGGGCACCAAAAGUUCAAAAGAUUCUCUACACUGGAAACAAAGAAACACGUAAAGCGAUUAUCGAUCAACAUGUAUCGUCGUUGAAAUUCAAUGUUCUCAUUACCACCUACGAUGUCGAAGACUUUGAGCAGUGGUUCAACGCACCGUUUGCCGCCACCGGUGAGAAACUAGAGAUGAACGAAGAAGAACAGCUUCUCAUCAUUCAGCGUUUACACAAAGUCUUGCGUCCAUUCUUGUUGCGUCGUCUAAAGACCGAGGUGGAAACUCAACUACCGGAUAAAGUUGAAAAGAUCAUGAAAUGUCCAAUGUCUGCAUUCCAAUCUAAAAUGUAUAAUUUAAUUAGAACUAAAGGUGUUUCAAAGUUUACUGCUGGUUCAGGUGAAGAUGGUAAUCCAAAGUUGGCCAAAGGAUUAAAGAAUACAUUGGUACAAUUAAGAAAGAUUUGUAAUCAUCCUUAUCUAUUUUACGAUGAUGAGUAUGCAAUCGAUGACUAUAUGAUAAGAUGUGCUGGUAAAUUCGAUUUACUCGACAAGAUCCUACCGAAACUCAAGGCAUCCGGUCACAGAGUAUUGAUUUUCAGUCAAAUGACCCAUUUGAUAGAUAUUCUCGAACAGUUCUUCUACUACAAGGGUUACAAGUAUCUACGUCUCGAUGGUUCAACCAAAUCCGAUGAGAGAGGUCCAUUGUUGAAUCUGUUCAACGCAGAGAACAGCGAGUACUUUAUCUUUGUACUCUCUACAAGAGCUGGUGGUCUCGGUCUCAACUUGCAAACAGCCGACACUGUAAUCAUCUUUGACAGCGAUUGGAAUCCACAGAUGGAUCUUCAGGCUCAAGACAGAGCACAUCGUAUCGGUCAGAAGCAGACUGUCAAGGUGCUACGUCUGGUCACUGCCAACUCUGUCGAGGAGAGAAUCAUUGCUCGUGCCAAUUUCAAGAAGGAGUUGGAUCGUAAGAUUAUUCAAGCCGGUCAGUUCAACAACAAGUCGAAUCGUUCGGAGCGUCGACAGAUGCUAGAGUAUCUGAUGACUCAGGACGAGACUGCAGAGAUGGAGCGACAGGGUGUUCCAAACGACCAACAGAUCAAUCAGAUGAUUUCGAGAACUCCAGAGGAAUUGGAACUAUUUGAAAAGAUGGAUCGUGAACGUGAGAUAGUCGAUAUUCAGAAAUGGAAGGAUGCCAACAAGAAAGGUGAAUUCCACCGUUUGUGUACAGAGGAAGAGUUACCGGAUUGGAUCACCAAGGAAGUGGAGAUUACUGAUGAUCUUGGAUUUGUGCUGGGUGCAACACGUACCAAGGGUAGAGACUACGAUGCUGAGAAACAGUUGAUCAAGAUGAUGGAGAAUGGUGAACUGAAACGUCGUAGAAUCCAGACUACCUUUAUCAAUCCGGAUUUCUAUGAGGAUGAUAUCGAUAUCUCUGAUUCCGAUGACGAUGAAGACGACGAGGAAUAUCAACAACAGGCACCGCCACCUAAAGCAACUCCUGCCAAGCGCAAAGACUAUAGCUCCGAUGAAGAGAAGAGUGCCAAGACACCAAAGAAGAAGGCUAGAACCUCUGUCGCCGCAUCAAAGAGACAGUCGACAAGUGGAAAGCAAUCUUCAUCUUCUUCGCCAUCCACUCCAACACCGCCUACUCCAGCCGUCAAGAAACACACUGGCAGAGGAAGACCAGCAGGUACCAUGAAGAAGAAGCCGACCUCAGAGACCGAACUCAAAUUCCUUGACAUUUUCGAUAGAGUUCGUUUAGACACUGACGAAGAAGGUAGAAAGAGAUGUGAUAUCUUCCUAAAGUUGCCAAGCAAGAGAGACUAUCCAGAUUACUACAAUAUCAUCAAGGAACCAAUGGAUAUGAAGACAAUCAAAGAGAGAAUCGUUGGAAACAAAUAUGCUACUCCAGCCGAGUUUGCAGCAAAUGUAAACACUAUGUUUUAUAACGCUCAAAUCUACAAUUGUUCUGGUUCUGAAGUAUUCGAAGAUGCUGUUUAUCUACAGAAUUUCUUUACAAAGAUAUUUAAUGAGCAUUUCCCCAACUUUGAAUUGCCACCACCACAUCCACCACUAUCACCAACACAAGGAAUUCAAGUUCCAUCAACCGACCUAAAGGAGAUCGUUCCAAUUUCAGAAUUGUUAAAUUCCAACAGUCCAAACAAUAGUGACACUGAGAAGGAUCCAAAGCCAACUAUUCAACAAAGUGUAAAUAACAAUAAUAGCAGUAGCAAUAAUAAUAAUAAUAAUAAUAAUAAUAAUAAUAAUAAUAAUAACAAUAGCGCUGCAUUUAAUAACUUUUAUAAUAACAAUAAUAAUAAUAAUAAUAAUAACAACAAUCACAACAAAAACAAUGUAUUCACUUUCAACAGUAACAAUAAUAGCAAUAGCAAUAGCAAUAAUAACCAUGGUAGCUAUAGUAAUAAUAAUAAUAGUAACAAAAAGUUUGAUCCUAUGUCACUAUCAAGUAUGGUUAGUGACCAAUCACCACUUUCAUCCCCCAUCACCAACAAUCAGAAAUCAAAGAACAAUGGUAGAAGUUCUUCAUCAAACUCUAAAUAUUCGGAUUCAGAACCAGAGUCAAGUUAUGACGAUGACUAUUAG